CGUCGCCUCCGCACCCUUCCCCUCGCUUUCACCGGAAAUUAUAACAUCGCCGCAUUUCAAUUUUUUCGUCGCGGUUCUCCGGGCCCUCUUCUCCCGCCUCACCUUCUGCCAUGUGGCCUGGAUCUUGGCGUCCACGGUUCGCCUCAGCGAGUCCACCAAGUUGGGCCCCCAAUCCCCAGCAGUGUCGGGUUUCGCCGGUUCGGGAAGCUGAGCUGCGCGUACUCUCAUGGAGCUUGUACGUUGCCUGGUCGUAGGCAUACGCGGCGGUUUCCGGCGUGCCUAUUUUUGCACACUGAUGAGCCCAGCGGCUCGAGAACCGGGCCCGAUGGCAUACGGUUCGAUUCGUGGCAAUUGGAGAAAAUCGAGUCUAAGUUAUUUUGUGAGCGAUUAGAAGUGGAUAGGAGAGUGAUUACACAUUUUCGUAUGCGAUGCACAAUGUUCUUGACCCUUGUGCCGUACGAA